AUGGGAAUGGGAAAUGCCCCUCGUGUCCUUGAUUCUAAGGGUGUCUGCGAAAUGGGAGGUGAGGCACUAGAGGUCGACGCCCUAGGCAAGGGGAUCACCAACAAUGCUGGGGCCACGACCCAAGCAAUGGGUGACUCUAGCAAACUGCUGCGCAGUGUCAUCGCGUUGGUUGGUGGCAAAAAUGGAAAGGGUAGCAGUAGCUUUGGCAUAGGCAACGCCUGUCUAGCUUCCAAGGACCUAGUUAACGCCGAUCAAGCUUCCCAACUCCUUGGCGACUUCGUUUCAACCGCGAAGACCUCGGGUGGCGCUAUUCCAGCUGUGAACACCCUGGGUGACGCCACUAUAUCUGCAAAGACUUCAAGAUGGACUCAAGGAAGAGACGCUAGUGAUGGUGGAUUGAGAGAGAGAAGACCAUACCAGUUAGGUGGUAGUGCCGAUAGUAGGCACAGGUCAGGUCGUCGUGUCUGUGGUUUGGGCUGUAGUGGUGACUUUGAUGGGAACCUGAGACUGGGUGGAUCACUUUGUGGUAGUUUGGGUAUUGGGAGAGUGGACCCAUGCAUGGGGGAGACAGACUUGGGCACCAAGACCCCGCUUAGAGAGGUAGAUGUACCAAGUUGUGGAGGGGAUCGAGGUGCCCAAGCCAAUAGAGGUAAUACAGUGGAUGUUAGGUAG